CAUGGCACUGGUGGACAGCAAAGCCGCUUUCUCGCAAAGAUGCGAUGAAGUGGAUCCGAGUGGGGCGCUGAAGCAGGCCCUCGACAGAGAAGGUUUGUCCACGUUCUCCCAAAUGGCCUUCGCAGCUGGGACGCCCAACAAUCCGGUCAGUGACGAAGCGUUUGAGGUGUUGGCCCAGACUGUGUUCGGAGAUGGUGCUACCUUGGGGCAAACGGCAAACUUGAAAAGGUUGCAGUUUGAAGCAUGCACCAUAGUGAUAGCCGAUGUGAAGGCCAAAGUUUCGGUGAGCGGCAGCGCUGAGCCGGCAAGGCUUCCUGCGGCCGAGAAAGCAGCCAGACUGGCCGAUCAGAAGAAGAGGCUCCUGGGAGUCCCCAUCCAAGGAAACCUGGAACCCGCGCAUAGCCUGCUGGAUUUGGUGGCGGCAAUGGCUGAAACCAAUGUUGUGGUUUACAUCGCGCCUGAGAAGUGUGGCGUAAGGAUGGACGAAAUUGCCCAGAUCACCAAGCCACAGAAGGCAGUCAUUGCAGUUGAGAGUUCUUCGUUGAAGGUCAACACGCCUGACACCCACACAGAUGCGGAUUUGGGUUCAGAGCUGAAGCUGCAGUGGGCGCUGCAAAGGAGAGGCCUUGCCUUUGAUCAGUGCAGCCUUGUCAGCUGGGAAGUCCAUGAAUCGUGGUUGCAGCAGUUGUUAGGGGUUUUGACCCGGACAGUGCCGACCGGGUAUGCCCCAGUCAGAGUGGCGCAACUGAUGACAGCCGAUCGUGAAUUGUGGAUUGCCAUAGCAGAGGAGCACUUGCCAAGCCUGAGGCCUCAAGCAGAUGGCAAGUGGCCUUUGGAUAAAGCCAUCCAGGACUUGAGGUACAACCCGAGAAUCACUAUGCAUUUGCUGCCGUUACCCUCUGCAGUGGCCAAAGUGGCCACAGCACCUCCGCCCAAGGAGGCAAGUGGAGGCAAGGUAGCCACCAGGCCGAGGUGCCCGGAGCUGCUGAUCGGGUGUGAGCUAAAGACCAAAGACGGCAAACCAGUUUGCUACGGGUUCAACCUUGAGUCAGGCUGGGAGGAAGCUGACUUGUCGGCGCAGUGGGAUCAUGGCCUCAUUUGGAGGCAGUCGCAGUGGACCAUCAGAAGCAACGAGCUGAAGGACAGGCCGGACGGUUUGGACGGGCUGAGAGGAGCCUUAGAUCCCAAGGACAUGUUGAGUCAGCUGCAGGCCCAUGAGCAAAACUCCAGCAACCGCAUACUGCUGGGCGGCAUGCCAAGAGGACGCAAAUUGCGCCCCUUCGUGUCGGAAUUUGGUCAGUAUUUGACGGUUUUGGGGCCGGUUCAAGACGUGGACUCUUUGAAGCACUUCUUGCAGCUGAAGCCUAAGGGCAGCAAGAUAACACGCAGACAAAUUUGCACAUGGGGGGAGGCACGGGUCUGCGCUCAACAAUUUCAGUGGGCCAUUUUGCCACCUAUGCCAACAGCAGAGGCAGGUUUGGUGGAAAAAGCGGUUGUGGGAAUACCGAGAAGCCCUGAAGAAUUUGUCAAAGCAGCGGUCGCAGCAGGCCAUCCGAGAGACAUUGCGGUUUUCCUACAGAAGGAGACAAAAGCAGCCGUCAUAGCCAACAGAGACCUCACAGCGGUGGACAUCAUCAGGAGGCGCAUUGAGUUCAUUAAGCACUGGCUUGGCAGAAGGAGUGCGUUGGAGGAGGAAGAAAAGAAACUGCAUGCAGCGAUGCCUGAAUAUGUGCGAGUGGUCCUCAAGGGCAAGAACAUCUUGCUUAUGGGCGAAAUGUUGAGAGACCUGGGUUACCCAGAUGUUAUGCUGCAGCAACACGUGGCGGAGGGCUUCAAAUUAACUGGAUGGCUUCCGGAGACGGGGUACUUUCAGAAAAGGGUACGACGUCCUGAGCUGAGAGUUGAGCAAGCCUUGCAAAUGGCUAAAGGUGUGAAUCAUGGCAUAUUGAAGCAAAUGCGUGCAGAGGAGCUGACUGACUUGGACCGAGCCACCUGGGAGGAGACCUGCAAAGAAGUGGAGAAGGGCUGGAUUUUUGAGGACGUUGCUCCAAACCUGCACGGUGUCUUACUCGCCAAGAGAUUUGGGCUGCAACAAAAGGAAAAGGUGCGAGUCAUUGAUGACUACACCGUUGGGGGCUUGAACAAAACGUGCGGCUUGAAAGAAAAGCUGAGAGUGCAAGCCGUGGACGAGAUGGCCGCCAUGAUCGCGUAUUCUUUGGACACCUGCGAGGCGAGCACGCAUCCCAGAGUCCUGGGUCGCACCUACGAUUUGGAAGCGGCUUACAAGCAAUAUGCGGUACACCCAGCAGAUAGAGCGAUCUCGAGAUUAGUUGCGAAAGACACUGAGAGUGGUAAGCUUCGAUUUUUCGGGUCUAAUGCUCUCCCCUUUGGGGCAGUGGGAUCGGUGGCUGGUUUCCUCAGAGUUUCUUCGGGGUUGGCGUAUGCAGGACUGGCAGGGUUACAGUUGUUGUGGAGCAGUUUCUUUGACGACUAUACUUUGCUUUCUAGGGAAGAUGUCUGCAAAUCUGCGGGCUACGCAGCAGAGGCACUGUUCACCUUGUGGGGAGUUCGUUUUGCAAGGACAGGCAAGAAGUGUGUGGACUUUGCAGACACCUUCAAGACCCUGGGACUGAUGGUGGGUCUUGAGAACUUGGGUUCGGGCAUUUGCAGAAUUUUUCACACUCCUGACCGCAGGGAAGAACUGGCGGACGAGAUUGAAGACAUUUUGCAGAAGGGACAGUUGACAGCAAAGGAGGCGGAGAGGUUGCGUGGCCGCAUGGUUUGGUUCGAAAGUUUCGUCUGGGGUAGGCUUGCCAACUAUGCUCUGAAACAGAUCAGGAUGGCGUUUGAAGGCAGCAAGUCGAAAGUGGAAAUUGGACAGAACUUGGCCAGACACUUCAAGGAUCUCAGGGAGCGG